AUGGACUUACCCUACAAGAAGCGGUUCCGCAUUCCAGCCUCUUGCCUGGUAUGCCGUAAGCGCAAGUCGAAGUGUGACAAGACCCGUCCUGUCUGUGGUCUGUGCAAAAAGAAGUCGAUUGCUCACCUCUGUUACUACGAGGCUGACCCUGACGACGACCAAGGAGUACCACCACCAGGCGCUGGUGCUGGCAUCACCACGUUUGCUCCCUACGGACCCCCCCAUCACGAGUACCCGCCAGGAGCACUCCAUGCCAUUCCACCGCCAGGCGUAGCGCUCCAGCACCAACCACUCCCUCCCGUGGGCCAUGGCGGCUACGCACCAGCGCCACUCGAGUACCGCCAGGGAGUGCUACAGCACCCACAGAGCGUGCUACAACACCCACAGAGCCACCACCAGGGCCUCCAGCCGCUCCCGCCACCAGGCUCGCUGCCACAGGGGCCCCAGCACGACCAGCACCAGCACCACCAGCACCAACAACAGCACCACCAGCACCACCAGCACCACCAGCACCACCAGCACCACCAGCACCACCAGCACCACCAGCACCACCAGCACCAGCUGCCACCAAACCAGCUGCCACCAAACCAGCUGCCCCAGAACCACCAACUGCCCCACCUGCGCCAGCACCACCGCACCACCUCCACCCCGUGCACCUCCCCCAGUUCUUCCCCCCACCCGCUGCCAAGCUGGCUGCAGGCUUCUUCUCCAGCCCCGACUCCGAGCCUGGCCUCGUCGGCGUCCAGCAACCCUGAGCCCAAACCCGAGCCCGCAGGCCUCGUGAAGGUAUCGUUGGGCCCCAACGCCAGUCUCCAGGUCAACCCCAACGACACCAUGGACACCUUCGCCAAUGCCAGCUACUCGCUCAGCCUCGAGGGCCCCUCAUGGCAGCAGCAGGGCACAAUGUCGUACAUCGGGUUGACCAAGAGCGAUCCGUUCAUUAAGAUCCUCCGGAGCUACGCCGUGCUCUUGUUCAAGUCGGGCGAAAUGACUAAGUUCAUCAAAAACGAGUCGAUCAAAAGACGCAAUAAGUUUGACUCCUCGUCGUUGUCGUCGCCCAACGCUUCGGCUGCAAAUGGGGCUGGCGACACGGUCUCUAACGCCAGUAUGCCCUCAAGCCUGAGCACUCCCAACAAGCGUGCUUUCGACGAUACCCCCAACAAAGCAUCGCCCAUGUCUGCAGUGUCGGAGACCGUCACCCUGGUCACCAACGCAGAGGUGGAUGACGAGCCUGGGGAUAUCGUAGAGGAGGAUGCAUUGAUCGUGGAUAGAAUCAACAUCUCGUCCAUUAACAAUCACGACGACGACGACGACGACGACUCAUCCGAUAUCUCUCAGCUUUUUCUUCAGGCCAGUGCCGCCAGCGUGGACAAGAAAAACAGAAAAGCCUACUACUCUGUUGUCGAAAAAGCAGUGGUCAAAAUCUUGCCAAACCAGUUGAACAUCUUCAAGUUGUUCUGUCGGUUCUUCAAAUACGUACAUCCAUUCAUUGCUGUUAUCGACGAAAAUUCGUUCCAGAUGGAUUUACAGAUCAUUUUUCCAUCUUUUCCAAUCUUGAAUACUGAGUUCUACACGGAAAUCAAGGUCGAGAAUGAAAACUCGUUGAACAUUUUGGGUAUACUUCUACUUGUGCUUAGACUUGGCUACUUAAGUUUGAUCCAUAAUGACCCUGUCAACAACGAUUACAGUUCUGAUGAAAAGAGUAUUGUCAAGGAUAUGAAACGGAUCAACUCUGAGACCCUUCUCGCAGUGCUUAAAUUGUGUAUCCCAGACCCAUUGGCACUGAAAUCAUCCUUCAAGUUGGUGCAAUGCCUUACAAUUCUUCAUUUCUAUCGUCAAGUUGUUCCUGAUGAUUGUCUUGGUUUAGGUGGAGCUGACGCCAACAUUUUGUUUGGUGUUAUCAUGACCCAUGCCAUGUCAAUUGGAUUAAACAGAGACCCUACCAACUACGUUGCCCAUGAAACUAUCCACAAGCGCGAGCCUUUAAUAAAAACAUGGAGAAGUUUGUGGUAUCACCUAGUAAUGGUUGAUGGAAGUUGUGCCAUUCACACAGGGUUGCCAAUGAAAAUCAAUAAUUUGGAACUGAGUGAUGUGCAACCACCCACUUAUGUUAAUGAUCCCACUGGUGAAAUGAAUUUAAUAGUUCGGAAACUCAGGGAAAUCAACACGAUAUAUCGAAACAUCCUGAAUAUGAUCACAAAUGUCCAAGUUCAACCAAAGAUAAUUGAUUUGCUCAAGGAAACAAACCGUUUGGAAGAGAUUUUCUUUGACUUUUUCGGAAAGGACUUUUUCAAGGAUUGCAUUUGCAAACCCGCCGAAUAUGAGCCUCCUAAUGGUUUCCCCAUGGAAUCAGCUGAGAGACAAAAGAGUUACAUCAAAGUGAUCAAGUUUUGUAUCUUCAUACAAUUGAGAACGAAUUUGAGUUGUCUCUAUUAUAUGAUUGCAAUUCAUUACGAAAACGAGUAUAAUAAUUCAAAAACUCCCUUGAUGAAGGCAGGAAUUGAACUCUUUAAGAUUUUCAGUAAGAGUGUGAUUCAAUUGGUUUACAUCAUGUCCUAUGUCUUGGACAACUCGGUUGAGUUAUUUGGCAGAAACUAUGAUUAUGUCUUGACUGCCUACAAUGAAAGGUGUAUGAUCAAGACUCAUAGUUAUUUGACUUCCUUGUUUGUGAGAUUGUUGCAUCACAAGAAAGACUGCACUAUAAAUGCUCAAAAAGACCCAAGUGUCAGGGAGCGUUUAGAAGUUAUCGAUAUCUUGUUUAAUAUUGUUCUUCUUGAGGCAGAAUUAUUCGUGGGUAAUUUCAGAAAGUUGAGUCAAACAUACAUCAAUUCAUACAAACUUUAUGUGAUGAGUUAUUUUGUGUUGAGACAAUGUAUGGAUAACCCCGGAAUUUUUUUCGAGAAGAGUUUGAAUGAUUCGAGGUUUGACCACCAGGGAACAAAUUUGAUGGAAUUCUUCACCAUUCACGAAUUGCAAUAUUUAACUAAGUUGUGUGAAGAGUUCAGAGUAGCCAAGGAAGAGCAGCAUCGGGUGAAGGCGGCAAAG